AAAAACACAAUCUCCAUAAUUAAUCAAAUUAAAGCAGCAUAAAGCAAAGAGAGACACACGGCUAAUGGACUGCGGAAGAAAGCUUAAAGACUCUCUCUCUCUCUCUUCACUCUGUGAGUCUCUCUCUCCUCUGUCUCUGCAUCAAAGCUUGAACAAGAGGAGGUAGAGGAAGAAAUUCGCAGUAUAUAUAGCCAGAGAAGAGAAACCCAAAAGGAAAAGGCAAAGCAAAUUCACUAGAUUCUUGUUUUCAUCAAACGCUAAUCCAAUUCAGCCUCUCACUGCCUCACUCCCACAACCCACCAAAAAGAGGAAGCCACCGAGUGAAGCGAGUUUCUCUAUGCCAAAGCUGCAGAGCUCGUUUCCUGAAGAAAAGAAAACAGAGCACCCAUCAACCUCUGCUUUUCCUUCCAAUCCCUCUUCUUCCUCUUUCCCCAGGCGCUUCUUUAUUCUUUUCAGAGAUCGUUCUUAGUACCACUCAAAAUUUUCCUUACCAGGAAGAAAAAAUGUGGAAAUAGAAGAGUCUCCCCUGUUUUGGGUUUUUAAGCCGGAGCAAAUAUUUUGGGUUGGAAACAAACGACUGUAACCGUCGAGAGAGGGAGAAGGUGGAUGAGAGUAUUUGUUCUUUUGCGCUGGUUUUGAUUUCCAGUCAAAGAGGGAGCAGAAGAAGAAAGAAAUGAGACAGAGCAUGGACAGAAAACGGCCGCUAAAAACUUGAAGAACGGUGGGAAAAGCUGAUUUUCUGGGGAGUCUCACAUUUGUCAAACAGUGGAAUCCAACAACAGCAAAGAAAACAGAGUGCUCUGCCAUUACUGAAUAUAAAUUCCGUCCCCAACGCUUCACCAACUCCCCGUAUCUCAGAUCUCCAAAAGAAGGGUAGAAUAGAGAUUUAGAAAAAUGUCGUCACAGAAGCAAGCCGAAGAAGCCAUAGUCUCGAGCUUCGACGAAACGGUCCCUGUUUCUGCUGCCGCCGGUGACCAUGUGGAUGGAAAAGAAGCAGAGCAAGAUGACGGCGGCGAUCCUCGUCAUCAAUCCGAGUUUAGCCUCACCAGCAUUUUCUGGCACGGCGGUUCUGUCUAUGAUGCCUGGUUCAGCUGUGCCUCUAACCAGGUGGCGCAAGUGCUGUUGACUCUGCCAUACUCCUUCUCCCAAAUGGGGAUGCUUUCAGGGAUAAUACUGCAGCUCUUCUAUGGAAUCAUGGGCAGCUGGACUGCUUAUCUGAUCAGUGUUCUGUAUGUUGAAUACCGUACCAGAAAAGAGAAGGAGAAUGUCAGCUUCAAGAACCAUGUCAUCCAGUGGUUCGAAGUACUGGAUGGCUUACUGGGUCCGACUUGGAAAGCACUUGGCUUGGCCUUCAACUGCACUUUCCUCCUCUUCGGCUCUGUCAUUCAGCUUAUUGCCUGUGCAAGCAACAUAUACUACAUCAACGACAAGUUUGAUAAGAGGACGUGGACUUACAUAUUUGGAGCCUGCUGUGCCACCACCGUUUUCAUCCCUUCUUUCCACAACUACAGAAUUUGGUCCUUCCUUGGCCUUGGAAUGACCACUUACACCGCCUGGUAUUUAACCAUAGCAGCCCUAAUUCACGGCCAGGAUCCUGGCGUGAUUCACUCUGGACCCAAGAAGCUGGAUCUGUACUUCACAGGCGCCACCAACAUAUUGUACACAUUUGGUGGCCAUGCUGUUACAGUGGAAAUAAUGCACGCGAUGUGGAAGCCGCAGAAGUUCAAGUACAUAUAUCUGCUCGCGACCCUCUACGUGUUCACCUUAACCCUGCCAUCGGCAUCAGCCAUGUACUGGGCGUUCGGAGACCAACUGCUGACCCAUUCCAACGCCUUCUCUCUCCUCCCUCGAACCGGCUGGCGCGACGCCGCGGUCAUCCUAAUGCUCAUCCAUCAGUUCAUAACGUUUGGGUUUGCCUGCACGCCGUUGUACUUCGUGUGGGAGAAAGUGGUGAGGAUGCACGACACAAAGAGCAUAUUCAAGAGGGCACUCACGAGAUUGCCCGUGGUGGUGCCGAUAUGGUUUUUGGCCAUCGUGUUCCCCUUCUUUGGGCCCAUCAACUCGGCCGUGGGUGCCCUGCUCGUCAGCUUCACUGUCUACAUCAUCCCUGCCAUGGCUCAUAUGCUCACCUAUCGAUCCGCCUCGGCCCGUCUGAAUGCAGCAGAGAAGCCGCCGGUGUUUUUGAGGAGCUGGACGGCGAUGUACAUAGUGAACGCAUUUGUGGUGGUGUGGGUUUUCGUGGUUGGAUUUGGGCUGGGAGGAUGGGCCAGCGUCACCAAUUUCAUCAGGCAAGUUGAUACCUUUGGGCUGUUUGCUAAGUGCUACCAGUGCCCGCCGCCGGUUCAGGUGGUUCUGACGAGGAAGGGCGCCGCCGUUGAUGCAAUGCUGGCGAUGGGCUUCCCCCGUAAACUGAUCAACCAAACCAUCGCCGAGCUCUUGAAAGUUUAUGGCGGCAAUGAAGGUUGGUCAUUUAUCGAGAUGGAUUCCUACAAAGCCCUCAUUGAAGCCAUUCUGGAGAAGGACGUCCCAAAGCCUGUGAGCAACUGGGCAUUAUGCAUUUGGUUAUGAACUUGAGCUGAAACUUACAAUAUGGCGGAGCGCUCACAGGAUUAUGACUUAGGUGGGAACAGCCAGAGGUUCUCUGAAGCUGAGUCCUCAAAUGUUCCACCACCACCUAUUGAUGAAGAGGUUGCUGCACCUUUACCACCACCUGGUGAUGCUCUAGAGAGUGGGUCGCAGACCGAGACAGUUUUGACCCCUCCGUUUGCCGUUUCUGAAUCCGAAUGCAAUGUCUUCACAUCCCCAGCUGAAGAAAAGGAAGAAGUUGCUGCUGCUGCUGCUGCUGGCCCUCUGGACCAGGUUGCUAAACUAAGCAACUCCAUGGUUCCAUGCUCUGAUGAAAAUCCUUGUCCAACUCUCUCCUUGGUAGAAUACAAUGCUUUCACAUCCCCAGCUGAGGGAUGCGAAGUUGCUGGCCCACCGGACCCAGAUCACAACCUUAACGACUCCAUAGCUCCAUGCUUUGAUGAACAUCCAGCUCUGACUCUCUCCUCGCCAGAAUGCAAGGUCCUCACAUCCACAGCUGAAGAGAAUGAAGUUCCUGGCCCACCGGACCCAGAUCCCAACUCCAUGGUUCCAUGCUUUGAUGAACAUCCGGUUCCAGUUCUAUCUUCCAUGAGUGAUAAGCAUAGGCCGCCUUGCCAUGGCUGGAGGAAGCGUCCUUGUUAUGACGAGCCAACAGAACUCGCGGAGCUUGAGCCAUCACCAUUGCCAGAGAAAUUGUUGAAGUUGUUGGGAGACAUCCGUAGGUCACCUAAGAGACUGUGGGAUGUUUGACUAAAGAGCUAAGGUUAUGUAAUAGUUUGGAAGUUUUCUGUAAGGCAUGUUUGUCGAUCUGUUGGCUGGAUUUGGAACUUGGAAGACGACUUUAAGGAAGAAAUGUAGUAUGUUUAUAGUGGUGGAGGGAAGCUGUUGGCAGUAAACUGAUCUUAACUUAUUUCAAGACAAAGUAUCAAAUCGUUUAUUGUGUACAAUUUUAUUGUUGGGUAGUUAAUGAAAUGUGUCCAUAUAGAUGGCAUGGAGAUGAGGG